GAAUUCCUUUCCGCGCAGCUUCAUGGUGCUUCUGUUCGUGUGACUGUCCACGCAAUGCUCGUCUCGACUGGACUCUUCAGUUGUUCUGAAUGUGGUGCUGCAGCAUUUUGUGUGAAGGAGUGGAAGUUGCUUGCCCAUUACGGGUGAAGAAUGGUCACAUAAAGCGAGUCACGGACAAUGACAUCAACUCGCUUGUGCUGGAGGUGGAGGGUUCAAACGUCAGUACAAACUACAUCACGUGUCCAGCUGACCCCAGGCAGACACUGGGCAUCAAGAUGCCGUUUCUUGUGAUGAUUGUCAAGAAAACCAGGAAAUAUUUCAGCUUUGAAGUCCAGGCACAGAAACAGGUGUUGGAUGAUCAGAAUUUACGCCGAAGGUUUCGGGCAAGUAAUCACCACAGCAAGACGCAAGUGAAUUCAUUCAUGUGCACCAUGCCAAUUAAUGUUGAUGACCGCUGGAACCAGUUUCAGUUCAACUUGGCCGAUAUUACCAGGAGGGCUUAUGGAACCAGUUAUGUCGAGACACAGCGUGUGCAGAUUCAUGCAAAUUGUCGUAUCCGGAGGGUGUAUUUCACAGAUAAACAGUAUACAGAGGACGAGCUCCCGCCUGAGUUUAAGCUGGUUAUUCCUGUCAAGAAACAGGAUGCGAGCAAAAAGGGAGGUUCCAGAGCUACUCCGUUCCCACAGACCUAAAUCAAUUUGGAGCGCUCCCAAUUUCACGUGAAAACAUAAGAUUAGCCCUAAAACACACAGUGUAAUAUUGUCCUUUUAAACAAGCUUCAUGUUAUAUGUGGGAUUUCCUUAUUUUUGUAAACAAAUCCCACUGAAUUGUUGCAUGAUUUAUUUAAGUUGAACUGUAUUUUGUUUUAAUUUUUGUUACAUAAUUCACAACAUUGUUCAUGUUGUGAAUUAUGCAACUAUCUAUUGUUGCCACAAGAUACAGCGAGACUGGAAGAGUCACAGAAAGGCAUAGUGUAUGACUUUAUGUGAACAUGUAUAUGUCGAUUCAUGGAUCACACACGGUGUGAAUUUUGUCAUUCAGUUUCUUGUUAGAGAACAGCAAGUUGUGUAAAAAGCACUGAAACAUUAAAAGGUUUGUGUACCUUCAAAAGUUUAAAGAAAGUCUAAAUUCACCUGUAAAGGUUAUAGUGCAUUUUUGCACCAAAAAUGACACAUGAUACUAGAUUUUUCUUGAUCCAUCCUCCAGGCAAACAUGAGUUCUUCCCACAGGUAAUGAUGAAAUGACC